AUGGUACCCAAAAAAGCAUUGAAUUUUUGUUUCAAAAGAUCUGAGGCUGAGGCACUUGAGGUUAUGUCCAUAGUUUCAACUGCUUUAGAAGGGUGCGUGCUGAGAUCCUUCAGUCUUAAAGUAGAUGAAUUAGGAGAUGAGAGCAUCAGAGCUUUCGGGCAACAAAUCUCAGAAAAUGCUAGAAGAAUUGAAAUUCAGACACUUGUGUAUUUCCAUAGAAUUAGAAGUUUCUUCCAUCUCUUGAAAGGAUUAAGAGUUUGCUCUUCCAUGACGACGAGUCAGGAGAUGAUGCAGCAAAGACACGUUCAGUUCUUGUUAAAAAAUGAGGAUUUCAAAUUCUCCUCAAGUAACAUAGGUGCACGAGGUGCUAAAGUUUUAGUAGGAGCUUUGAGCGAAGGUAGCAGGUUGAAAAUGCUCGAUUUAACAGAUAAUAUGUUUGGGACAAAAGGUGGGGUUGCUCUGAGGCAAGUCACCUCUCGACAUCUAGGUCUUACAGAAGUUUUCUUUGGUCGUAUGAAUCUUAAGGAUGAAGGGUAA